AUGCCACCUGAAAGAUGGAUAGUGAAUUUUGACUCAGACCUUCUUGAUGGCCUUGUGUUUGCUACACAGCUGGCAGCAUACUGCCCAUUUUUGAUUGAGUCUUAUUUUAUAAAUAUGUACACACGACCAAAACGUCCAGAACAAUUUUUGCACAAUUGCUUGAUUAUUAUAAACAGUCUUCGUGAAAUUGGAUUUGAUUUAAACAUACAGGCCAUCGACAUCUGUGAUCCAAACCCAAUUCUGAUGCUAAUGCUCUGUGUUUACAUGUAUGAGAGGCUCCCUACAUACCUCCCCAAGAAAGUGGUCCCAUUCACUUGUACUCUAUAUGAUGUUGUAGUGGGACAGAAAGUAGUGACUAUGUAUUGAGAAGAUGCUAAGUGAUUGA